AACAAUCGGUGUCAGUUUUCCAAAUAAUCGGCUAUCGGUAUCGGCCAGAAAAUCCCUUAUCGGUGCUUCACUACUUCAGGGUCAUUUUCUACUAUAUUCAUAGGCACUGGUUUGUCUUGACCAGUAGUGGGCUGUACUGUUAAUUACAUAAUACAAAUAUUUUAAAAAUGGUAAAACCGAUAGCCUGUCACUUAUGGGAGACAGCAAUUAGACGCCCCUUUAUAUUCGCCUAAAGCAAAUGUCAGCAUUAAAGAAUUAUUAAGCCCCCAAAAAGGACUGUAAUUCUAAUUCUCCCAUAGUGUGUUUGGUCGGUGCAUUUUGGAACCUAUGGCUUUCCGUACGCGUUCCCCGUUUGCCGUACAGGUUAUUAAGAUGGCUGCGUUGAUACGACUCGGAAUAAUAGCCUUACCUGGUACCGUUUACAGAUUGUAUUUACAAUAUUGUGUUUUCAUAGGCAUGACGCCGGGAAGCAUGACUGUGCACCAGUGCACAAAGCAAGGUCCAUAAAGACAUGGUUGGAUGAGUUUGGUGUGGAAGAACUUGACUGGCCCACGCACAGCCCUGAUCUCAACCCCAUAAAACACCUUUGGGAUGAACAAGAACAGAGAUUGUAAGCCUGGCCUUCAUGUCCAAUAUCAGUGCCUGACGUGACAUGCUUUUCUGGGUGAAUGAGCAAAAAUUCCCACAGACACACUCCAAAAUCUUGCGGAAAUCCUUCCCAGAACAGUGGCAGCUGUUAUAGCUGCAAAGAGGGGGGACCAGCUCCAUACUGAUGCCUGUGGGUUUAGGGUAGGAUGCCAUAAAAUUCCUCUAGGUGUAAUGGCCAGGCGUCCCAAUACUUUUCUCCAUUUAGUGUAUCAGGUGCACAUAUGAAACUAUCUGGAAACAGACUACAGCAGGAACUUAUAGAUUAGGGAAACCUACCAGAGACAUGAGUUUAGGGCUACAGCAAUUGCAGGGAGCACAAGACAAUUUGAUGACAAGUCAAAGAGCAGGUGCCAUGGCAAGAAACGCAAAUACAAAUAAUGAUUAUAUUUUUUGGCAAAACACUAGAAUUUGUUUGAGGCAGUUAUACGGUCUCUUAGUAUACAUCUAUAUAUCUAGUAUGUACAUUUCAUAAAUUACUUGGCAUAUUUCAAAUAGUUCUUUAAAUCUCAGUUUUCAAGUCUUUAUAAUUUGAAUAUGCCAUACAAAUGUUUAUAAUGCCAUAUAGAUGGCAUAUGUGUGCAUGUUUGUGUUUUUGUGGGCGUAUAUAUCAAUCUGACUGGAUUGAGAAACAAUCCAUAUUCAGUUUUAAUAGUUGUAGCGCUGUUGUUGCAGCAAAUUUCUGCUGCAGCUUGGUCUUCUAAUCGUACUUUAUUCAUAUAUUCUAACUCAUAGCCUAUAACUUAUGUCUCUGCCUUCACCGGCAAUCCUGAGUGGUGUGACCCGUUCAACCCUGAGGCCUUUCGGGUGCAGAAUGAAUCUCUCCCCCGGCUCCUCCCACAGAACGUGAUCAUGGGCGCGGCUCAGAUGGACGCCUGUAUCCUGGCGGUGGCUGCCACAGGCGGGCAGAUGCACCAGAUGCGAGAGCACCUCCUGCUGGCGAGGCAGAUCGACCUGCUGGACCUGGUGCGGCUGGAGGCGCGGGAGCUGCAGUCUGAGCUGGGCUAUGACGGCGAGGCGGCCCCUGUCAUCACUGGCUCCGCCCUCUGUGCCCUGGAGGGCAGGCAGCCCGAGCUGGCAGCUGAGGCGGUACUGAAACUCCUGGAGGCCCUUGACAGCUACGUGUCCCAGCUCCACAGGGAGCUGAACAAGCCGUUCCUGCUGCCUGUAGAGUCCAUCCACUCCAUCCUCGGUGUGGGACCCACGCCCAGGUACAGCACAGCUGCUACACCGAGCUCCCGGCGUCUGCGAGUCCGAGGGCUUUACCCAGCGCUGCCUUCUCCCCAGGAUGGGGAACGGCGGUGACGGGAACACUGGAGCGAGGGGCCCUCAGCAGAGGAGACGCGUGUGAGUUUGUGGGACACGGCUGCUCCGCCAGAUCUGUGGUGACAGGUCAGUAAGGUGCCCUCUGUUUGCACGAGUGUGCACGUUUGGAUACCAUGUUUACAACAAGCCGAGCUCGCACUAAAGUCUACAGCCUCAUUUUGUUGUGCAUGUGCGCAAUAACAAUAAUGUUUUCUGGAUUCAAAGAUUUUUAUUUCUCAGAUGCAUGAAUGUAGCAGGGAAAGACAUACUCCUGCACGUACAGUCAUGCACUGCCCCGCCUCCUUGGCAUCGAGGUGUUCCACAAGACCCUGGAGCAGGCUGAGGUGGGGGACCACCUGGGGGCGCUGGUGAGGGGGCUGAAGAGGGGUGACGUGAGGAAGGGGAUGGUCAUGUGCAAGCCGGGCUACAUCAAGCCACACAGGACGGUACAGGCGCAGGUGUGUCUCCGCGGCGACGGCGGUGUUUGGCCGUGGAGUGACGGAGUCAGCGAUGAUGAGGCUAAGUAUACUUAGCUCGGAUGUGAUGGAGAUCGCCCUCGCCUGCUGUGUAAGUGACCAGAACAGGAUGUACAGUGACUGAGCGGAUGAGGAUUAAAUACAUUUAAGGAUUAAUGACUGCUGGGCUGGGAAGUUUCCUUAAAGCUUAUGGUAGCCCCCCCCCCCCAAAUCAAGCUGGAAAAGCUUGAUUGAACUGCCUUAUAAAGGCAAAACACAUUAAACACAUUAACUGCAUAUUUUAUCAAAACUGACUUGUUACUGGCAUAAGGUCACUUUGGGUUCUGUGUCACCUUGUGACAAAAUAUUGUAGUUCAGCUAUGCUUGAUGUUGAAGAAAAUGCUGUCAUUUACCCACCUACUACAUGCCAAAAACAAAUGGCCCUAUUUCUCGUUCUCAUUGUUAGCAUGGUUACUGUGUUUUACCUCAGUGGGCCAGUAUGGCAGAGUAAUCCCUGUCGGUGUGUGUGUUGUUUGUGGGGACAUAUUUUGGAUCCCCCACAAUAUAAACCUUAAUUUUAUAAAAAAUCUGUAACUGUAAUUAAAAAACUAAAAUAACUAAAAA